CCCAAAGUUGUUCAUUUCUUUGUUUGGCUAAAAAAUAGUCUCUUGAAAGUGAUUGUUGUAAGCAGAGAUAGACAAAAGAGGUAAAAAAGAAGAAGAGAAGAUGGAAUAUUGGAGCAGCUCCUUCAUCGAUGGCGCUUCUUCUUCCAACUUCAUCUCUCCUUUCUAUAACUUUGACCAUUUUUCAGGAAACCAAGACAACAGAUGUCUCUCGUCAGGUACUAUGGUGAGUGCACAACAAGAUAUGCUUCAUUUCCCUCUAGCAAUGGUAGAGAGUGGCUAUGGAGAAGAAAGCAACAGUUUUAAUGGAAAAGAGAAGAGAAAGAAGAAGAUGACGAGCGAGCAACUAAAGUUCCUCGAGACAAGUUUCCAAGAAGAGAUAAAGCUUAAUCCGGACAGGAAGAUGAAGCUGUCCAAAGAAAUCGGGCUGCAGCCGAGACAGAUUGCGGUUUGGUUCCAAAACAGGAAAGCCAGGUGGAAGAACAAACAGCUCGAGCAUCUCUAUGAAUCACUAAGGCAAGAGUUUGAUGUUGUCUCUAGAGAAAAGGAAUUGCUACAAGAAGAGCUAACACAACUGAAAUCGAUGAUAAGGGAGAAUGGUUCAAGCAAGAAGAAGCAAACCUGGGAAAAAACCUGCAGCUGAGGCAAUAGCAAUUCAAUUAGAUCUCCAAAAUGGCUCAAAUUUGUAGUCUUAGUCCUAGACAAGUUACAAUUUCUUUGAGUGGUUCUGUUUUUUUUUUGGUAUGAAGUAUGGUUUAAGUAAUUUUCAUGUAAAAGGGUUCUCUAGGUUAAUGAAUAAUACAUUGUGAUUGAAGAA